AUGCAGAGAUCAUCUUUACGGUUUCUAAUUGGGCAGAGCCGACGAGGGUUUUGCACGAUUUCCGACAAGAUCGUAGCUUCGAUUCAAUUGGCAACAGCAGUGAAAGUUUACAACUGGUUCCUUCUAGCUCAGUUUAAAUUUGCUCCAAGUGUAGUGAAGCUCUCGAUUUCGUCAUUGGUUGAUCUUUUGAUGCGUGAAUGCAGAGCCAAGGGUGAAUACCAAAUGGACUAUGUACCUGCUCCAAGAAUUACGGAGGCUGACAAGAAGAACGAUAGAAAGUAA